ACUUGAUUCAAAUAAUAUUUUCACAAAAAAAAUUUCAACUAUGAUAAAUACAGUUCCAAAUAUAUUCCCAUAUUGCGUUGUUGGCAGAAGUUAAUUAAAUAUGUGUGGCAAAUAAUGUCAAUAAAAUACUGCUAUCAUGUUAAGGUGUUUGACGUGUACUGAAAAAAAAUAUAUUUUUUGGUGUUUUAAUAUAAACGGAUACUAGCCACUUAGUAUUGCGUCGUUAGGUUGGAACCGGGAGGGCGAAUUUGAUAUCAAAUUAUAUUAUUUAUUAUCUUUAUUAAUUAAUAAAACAUUCAUUGUCAACUAAAAUUAUAUGAAAUAACCAGUUUAACCUUCUAAUUAAAACAGAACAUGAAUAAGAAAUAUAAGUCAGAAAUGUAAUUUCACACAAUCAAAUUUUACUUUUUUUUUCUUCAAAGUCUUGCCUAUAUGUAAUUCUAACAAAAUCUUACCUAUAUAUCUCUAAUUAAAAAAAAAAAAAAAAAAAAAAAAAAACUGCUCACUCCCACCGUCUCUAUCACUUUCUUCAUCUCUCAUUCUAUUUCAAAAACAAAAAUAAAAAAUUUUCUCACACACUUUGUGUGUGCCCAUAUGCUAGUAUGGUUUAGUAGAAUUCUCUAUUCUGGUAGCGUAACAUAUAUGAUUGUACUAAAAAAAAGAAUAUAAACGGACACUAACGUCAGAUUUGACGCCGUCAGCAACAGGAGGGAAACUCCAAAUUGUUCAAACAAAAUUCUCAAAUCUCUUAACUUUGCCUCAUUUUCCCACCAGAUUCUCUCUCCUCCCACUCUCUCUCUCUGCAUCUUCGGUUUGCCCUACUCUCUGGAACUCGAAAUUUUUCGGGGCAAAUCGAUCGACACGCCGGAUUGAUUAAUCCCGUCCGUCGCUACGCUGCACUGAGAUUUCAUCGGCUGCCAAUGGCUUUGCCUUGAAAAUCUCUCCUUCGCUGAGGAACUCGAACUGUAAGUAAAAGGUCUGCUGUUAGUAGUGUUUGAGACUAACGUAUGGCGAUGGUUGCUCCACCCGGUUCUCUGCCUCCCACUUCUCUGAAGAUUGGUGGUGGGACUUCAACAGUCAAGAGAAAGACACCAUCUCAACUGAGAGGAGAGCAGCGGAUGAAUGCUGCGGAGAUAAGUGAUGAAUCUCCAGCUCCUUUGCUUGGUUCUACAAAUGAAGCGGAAAAUGGGCAAAAGAAACAAGAACUGUCAAGGAAUCCUAGAUACAUUGACAUUCGUAUGGAUGAAGUUUACCCUGCAAAAAAAUCUAGGUUCAAGAUAGUCCCUGGAAAAGAGAAUGCUAAGGAAAUUAAUUCAAUGGAGAAACCUAGCAGUGUGAAGAAUCUUUCUUUGCUUUCUAAUUUGGCUUCCAAGAGGAAACACCAAUUUUCUGGUCCCCAAAAUGUAGAUUCUGCUGAACAUACUGAAGAAGGCGCGGCAAAAGUUUUUCGAACUAUUGAAAAGUGUAGUCAAACUACUUUCCGUAGUGUUACUGAGCUUUCAUCAGGCGGUGACAGAUUAUCAGACUUUGCAGCUGUCGAUGUGGAUAAAGCGUUAAAAGGAAUAGAUGCCCAGGAAUCAAUAAUUGGCUCAUCUGCUUAUAUUUCUGAAAGAAGUGGCAAUCCUACAUCACCUGGUUUCAGCGACUUUUGCUUGCCUGAUGGAAAGGUUCCUCUGGAUUUUACUUUGAAAAGUAGUAUGCGGGUGGUGUCCUCUUCCCCAGUGAAUUGGAUUCAUAGGACAAUAGCGUGCGGUGCCUACACUAAUAUGCCGAAUCUCAAGUUCCAAUCCGAUCAUUAUCUGGAUCAAAAUAUGAGCCGUGGCUCAGGGUUCAUACCUAAUUCCCAAGUCAUUAGUUCUAAACAAUUAUAUUCGUGGGUUUACCCUCAAUCUACCUUACCGCCUUCUCUCAUACAAGUUUUGACAUCAUCAACAGCUGAGGGAGUGGAAACAGAAUUCUUGAGAAAACGACAGGUAGCAUGGGAUGACUCAUUUCAGAGUCUAUACUACAUGCUUCGUAAUGGUACCUGUGAUAUCUUUUAUGUGUGUACUCCAUAUUUUGUGGUAAUGUUCACGGCUUGUACUGUCUCUGUGGGCUCAAAACGCAUCAGCAAUGCUUAUAUCUCCCAGUCAACAAGAGCCAUACGAUCAUUGUUAAGAGAGCAUGAUGUUUCUUUCUCUAUGCCUCUUUGCUGUUCUAAAGUAGAGCAAGUCACUCCAGAUGUUCUUGUUGAGCUCUCAGAGAUGGAGAAACAGAAUUUUGGCCAGACACGGCGCUUGAGUUCCUCUUCUGAUAUAGAUAAUACCCCAGAAUCAUUGCUAGUUUUCAAUGGCAAUAAAGAUGUACAUGGAGUGUUCGAUAUUUUGUUAAAUUAUAGGUCGUUGUUGACUGCUUUAGUGGUAAUGGAUGUCCCUGUAUUAUAUUCACCUGUGCCAUUUCAGAAUGCUGCCAUUUCUUCUCCAGAGAUUAAAUGCACGGAAUUGAAAAGAGCAGACCAUAUUGUUGCUCCCAAAAUGACCACCACAAAAGAUGAUGGAUCCAUGCAAGGCUCAUCCGCUGGUCUCUGCUCGAGUGUUGAUAUUAAGGAUGCAUAUCUUCCACCGUGGAUUAUUUGCAGCCUAUGUGCCCUUUUGGGUUCUGAAGGGAGAAGCUUUGAGGCGAGCUUUAUGAAUGAACCUUCAUCAAUCGGGUUGAAUUUUGCUGUAGAAGCAGUUCCUGAGAAAUCUGAUCGUCCUGAUGCGCCAGCUGAAGACUUGCACAAAAGCUCCUCUACUUUUGGUAUUCCAGAAGCCAUCGUUACGCCUCACUUGCAUUUGGGUUUCUUGAAAACUUUGAAGUUCUCAAAUGGUUGUUAUUCAGCUUCCCUUUCUCCUACCUUAGAAGCCGACUAGAAAUACAGUCGUAUAUUUUCGCCACGGUGAUGGUUGAUAUCAUUCUUUGAUCCUAACUUAAUUUCUCUGUACUUUAAUUUGGUACACCAUCUAAUUUUGAAUCAAUCUGUAAGAUUUGUUUUACCAGUUUAAUACCGAAUGGUUUUAUUGACAAAACUUAUGAGAAAUCUGCCAACUAUUUGGAU